UAGAAUAUGAGCAUCAAAUUGAGCAAGGAUGGGAGGAAAGUAUCAAACUCUAAAGCAUCAAAAAACAAAAAUGUGCCAAAUUUUGAAAUACACAAAGCUAAGACUUCAUGAAAGACGAAGACAAAACCUCUUAAAAAGAGCACCAAGAACCCAGUGUUGUCGCACAAGUCAUCCUUCAAAGACAAGACGCAUUACAAGAAGUAUUUCAUUAAUUCUCUCCGCAAACAAGUCAGCUUAUAAAGUCGUCCCUCAAUUAUUUUGACGGCAGCAGUGGCCAGGUCAAGCCUCUUGUGACCAAGAGAAAGCCCAGACAGUUCUGAUCGCCCAUGAGUCUGCUCAGGAGUCAGUACAAACAACUGGCCGAAGGCAAAGGCUCUCCGAAGAAGCGCAAGAAAGUGAAGUCGAAGAAAGCGAAGAGUUCUGUCUGGCUCAAAAGUCCGACAACCAAAGCCACUGGAGCUGAUCUCAAGUUGGUGUUAAAGCAAAAGCAUUCCAAGAGAAGAGACACCAGUCGUAGACAAAACAGAACUGUCAAUAAGAUCAACCCCAUGCUUAAGGCUAGUAAAGGAAAUAACAAUGACUUAAUUCUGGAUGGAGAAAACAUGCUCGACCACUCUGACGUCCAAACUAGAACUGUUGACAAGCAUUACCACAACACAUUUGUUGAGAGCCAGAACAAUUCUAUCAUGAACUCAAUGGCUUCUAAUCUGCAUGAUGUUGGGACUAGGUCAAGGAAAAACCCACAAACGAGCACUUUGAGCUACGAUGAUGGCUCUAUAGGUUAUCAGCCAAGGAAUCAUCUCAGUUCCAACUGUGUUGUCAGCAACACUUGAUCUCACAACCAUAAUCAAGUAGUCAAAUCCAGCAAAUAACUCAGGAACAAUCAAGCAAAGGAAGAAGUCACGAGACAAAAUGAAAACUGACAAGAGGUUGUCAAAAAUAGGCUCUACAGCUGCAUCUCCAAAAACUAAAAGACUCACUAAACACAAGAUGCUAGCUCCAAAGUUACUAUCCAUGGUGAAAAGCCCUGUGCUGAUUAAGAAACACCCAAGAUUGCUGAAGCCUCGUCCGAAGUCAUCAAAACUUGAUCCUUCAAAGAGAUGCUUGCUGACCAAUGUUGCCACAGUAGACCUAACCCACAAAGCCGACACCACUUCCAAACGGACCGACCGUAAAACCUACCGAAGGUCCUUAGACAUAUGCCUGAAAGACUUCAAACACCGUCGCAACCGAACUCCAAAGCACAAGAAGAAACUUCUGACGAACACAACAUCACACUACCACCAAAAGUCAUCCACCAGCAUUUCCAUCCACAAGAAGAGGAAGAAGAGCUCUAAGCUCAAGUAGUCAUCCUUACCUAAAACCCUCC